AGUUUUGUCCCGGACAGCAAGCCGUAAGGCACUUUCUGUGCAAGCGCGAGACGGCAAGGAGAUGCACAGUAAUAGCGGAAAGAAAAGAAGAGAAGAGCUUGAUGCAGAUUUUCCCUAGCAAUUUCGCUGAGAAGACUGUGCUUAUUGCUGGGUGAAUCCCAACCCCAGGCUGGAAUAUUCUUUGUAGUUUUUGAGGGGCAAGAGCUGAAGAAAAAACUGGAGCUUUGGGAUUGUGGACAGAGCCCACGGCUUGACAGUGCUCCGUGGACAUAGUCAGCAGGACCACACUGAGUAAAUGGACUCAAGAAUGGAAGAAACAGAAGGCAGCCAUGAUGAUGCCACAGGGAAGAAAAAGUCAAAAUUCAUUUCCUUUAAAAUAAGAUUGUUUGGAAGAAGGAAAAGGAAAGAGGAUGGACAUUCAUCUUCAAAAAGUGGCCUGAAACAGAGUCAAUCUGCAAGUGAUGUCACUGCUCCUGAACCUAUCCAGGGCUUGUAUGACUCGGAGGAAGAACUUGGAUGUCCUAAAGGUGUUCUGGGAUCGAGAGCUUUAUCACAUGACAGCAUCUUCAUUCCAGAAACUACCCAGGAGUUGUCAGCCCCAGCUCGUGUGUUAUCUCAGGAGAAUGUGUCUGCAAAAAUUAAAGUACUUCAGAUGAAGCUUCAGACUAUUCGCUUUGGGCCUCCUCCUUUGGUGAUCUCUGCUAAGAGAGCUGAAGACACUGGGGCAAGCUCUGAAGAUGAUGGCUUGCCUAGGAGUCCUCCUGAAAUAUCUCCAUUUCAAGAGAGCCUGGCACAUGGCACCAUGAUGCGGUUCACUGACACAUGCAGGCAUCUUAGCUCUUUGAGUUUAGCUGGAACAGGCAGUGAAGAUGAUGAACAGCUCUCUUCUCAGCCUUCAUCAAGACCCCUCUCUCCAAUCAGCAAGUCACACUCCAGGCCCUCCACUCCUGUCUCUCCUUCCCAUCAGACCUCUGACAGAUAUACCUCACCAGCUGUGGACUUCAGUUCCCCUCCUCAGUCUUCUGCAUGUUUAGAUAACUCUGCGGCUAGGCACCGACUUUCAGUAAAGCCAAGAAAUCAGCGAGCUGCUGCUAAGGGAAGGAGGCCACCAACUACCCCACACAGACCUCGUUCAGAAAGUUUGAAUGAACUUGACUUAAACCUUCUAGAAAAGGAAGAGGAUGAUGAACAAGAAAUUUCACAAGAAAUAGUCAGAUGCAAUUCCUACUCCUGUCAGGUCCCCAGGACGGAGAGUCUCACAGCCUUGCUCCCCAAGUGGUCACCUUUUGAGCAGGUAUCAGACACAUUGACAGAGAAGUCAACUGAACAAGUGGAAGACUGGGAUGUGAAGACCGGUGCAGCAUUUGUGUUUAAUCAGCCAUCACAACUUUUAAAGAGGAAGGACUCAAUACCUAAUAAUGCCUUAUGUUCCGAUUAUCAGGAAUCCUGUUCAACUUCAGACUUAAAUCGUACAGCUGAGGCACACAAAUCAGAAGCAAGCUUGACCAAACUUGAAAUGUCACCUUUAAAAGUUACAGGCUUACGAAAGGGUUUACUUGAAGAACUUCUGAAAUCAGAUGCACAAGCCACUAUGGUAGCAAAUACAGCAGAAAGUAAUAGCAGUCCCCUUAAAUCUGUUGCAAGAGAUGUAUCAUCUAAAACAAACAACAUGGCUAGAAAUGCACUUGAUCAAGGCAGGACAACACAAUCUAUUCCUGACUCCAAGGAGUUGCCCUCAACUGUUUCAAGGACAAUGAAUAGUUUGCCUUUGAAAGUCUCUUCAAAAGGCUCAAAUCAGCCCUAUCCCGAGAAAGACCAUGCUAAUGUUCUUUCAGACAUUUCAAAAAAGAAUUUUGAGCAAAUUUUGUCUGGAAGAAAUAACACCAUGUCAUUACCCAGAGAUAUAAAUACUGAGAAAGCAAAACAGUCACCCCAGUCACCCUUUGAAAAAAAGAAUAGUGGUUCAUUCAGAUGCUUUUCUAUAUCAUCUGCAUGGGAUCGGCCUAGGGCUUGCAGUUUUACUGCGGUGGAAAGUUUAGAGCGCAAAAUAGAUAAAAUUGGUUUUGUCAAGACGACCUUUCAUAGUGGGCAAUAUUCCAUUCGUAAAAAAGAAGAGUCAAAAAGGGAGAAGGAGGUGUCUGUGCUUGAUUCAGAGAUAAAAACCUGUACAAAAGAAGCAGAACAGAACCUUACAGCAACAGAAGUCACACAGGACAGACAGCUGCCAAACUUGUCCAUGUCACCUGUUGCAAAGCCAUCUGGUGUCGUAACAGAAAGCGGUGGUACUAUACCUCAUGAGGGAGCGGAGGAAGAGAAAUCACCCUUUGGGAUUAAACUGCGAUCAACUUCCUUGUCUUUGAGAUAUAGAGGAGAAGCUCGUUCUGAAUUUAAAGUGAAACGCUACAGCGCAGAAGUUUGCACAAUGGUAGACAAAGAAGACAAUAUUAUAGGAAAAGAAGGGAAGGAAGAUUCACUUGAGGCUAAAGGAAGUCCCCAAAAGGACACCGCGAGAAUAAAAGUCAAACCAUCUGAACAACUGCAUGCUAAACCACCUCUUCCUAGGAAACCUCCAUUUGAAAACAUUGAAUCAACAAAUUCUACCCCCAAAAUUGAGAGGAAAAAUUGGGAAAAAGUGACCACAUAUCCAAAAAGUACUGAAAAGGGGACACCGUCAAAGAGUUUGCCUGAAAUGAGUAAGGAGUCAGAUGUUUUGUUAGAGCCAGAAUGGAUUAAUAUGGCCAAGAUGAAGCAAAGGGGAUUUCAUGAGAAAGACACGCUGCCAGAUAAUAAAAUGGAUAAAAUGAAGAAAAAUGACUUAAAGCAGGAAACGGCAAAGUCCACAUCGGAUGUAUGGAUCAGCAGAACUCCUCCAACCAUGCAUAGUACUGUCCAGGGGAUCAAGCAAGAUCAAAAUGACAUCAAGCCUGAGCAGAAACCUUUUUCAUCUAAAUCCCCUGUGCCUGUCACUGCAGGAUCACCCAUACCAUGUCAUCAAAUGAGUCCAGAAAAGCAAGAGAAGGGCCAUCAACAACCUGCCUGCAAACCUGCACAGCCAUCUUGGAUGGAGCUAGCUAAGAAAAAAUCGCAAGCCUGGAGUGACAAGUCCAUGGAUUAAGCAGCAUGUCCUACUCCAUUUACAUCCCUGUCACUGUGAACAGAUUGUGUACAGAUUUUUGUUUCAUAAAACCAGAACAUGCAGCAUAGAACUGAACUUUCUACAGUGUAAUAAGUUAAUUAUUGACUAGAUGACGGCCUCAAAGCUGCCUUGUUUGUUUUCAUCUUCUUCAUCAUAAUUGGAUAAACAGCUAAUGUUGCACAAGAUUCUCAGUUAAGGAGAUAUAAAUUUUUAAAAAAUCAAAAUAUUAGUUUAAUUAUGUGAUACUUGAUCUUUAUUUUGUAUUUAAGCUGGUCUAAAGUGGGUACAGUCCCAUUCUUUCUGUAAAAUACUCUUCUCUCUGCUAUUAAUUUCAAAAUCAAUCUAAUCAUCCAGUUUCUUAUAACAAAAACAGCGGUAACAAAAUUGAUGAUAGACUUGGAAUUAAGAUUUUGCAUAUAGGAUAAAGGAGAAAAAUAGUGUGCAUCAGACACCUUCCAUACCAAGUUCAAGUGGCACUUUACAAAUGUAGCUGACAGACAAAAGAGCUGUUUUAUUAAAAUGUCAAGCACAAGCAUAUCCAUACUGCUGGCCUUACAACAAACCUUGUAGCUGAUAGUCCACAGUGGCAGGCUGAAUAUCUACAGGUGCUUAAAUAUACCGAGAUGUAGCACUUUCAUUUGCAAACUGAGCUUUACUUUUAAGGCAGCAUUGUUGUCUAACUUUUUGUUUAACAGAAAACAAAGAAAAGCAAAUGUAGUUUUUUCAACAAAUCCUUAUUUUUGUAAAUUAUUCUUUUUGGCUCACAAAUCUUUUCAACCCUUUUAGGCAUUAACACACUAUAUAUGCAUUGUGUGUGUUUGUGAGUGUGUCACACGCGCAUACACAUACACACAUAAACACAUACUAAUGUAUAUGUGUGUGUAAUUGUCUAUAGAGUAAUAAUUUUAAAGGGCUGUUGGAUAUCUUAAACAUUUAUUUCAUUAUAACUUUCUGUUUUGGGAUGUAACCACAUUUUGUUAACAUACAGUAUGUAAGUUAUUUUGGUUGAAAAUACUAUUAACUGUUUUAAUCAGAUAUGCAUAUUACAUGUAACAAAACUGUCCCGCUGUAAAGUCUAAAGGUUUGAAGAUGUAACUAACAAAAGGGAUUUUCAUGGCUUAUGUUCUCAUUUGUGCUUAGUUUUCAUGGUCAACAAUGCAGCUCUGUGUCUUUUCUGCCUGCUUCAUGGAAGUAAAUCUCUGUUUU